AUUAAAAACCUUGUGACUUCUUAAUUUCUCUUUUUUUUAAUCAAUUCAUUCAAUAUGGCUGAAGCACUUGUUUCCAUAGUCUUGGAUCAACUGGCUUCAAUCGGCCAUCAAAGAGUAGGAGGACGGAUAAGGCUGAUUGCUGGUGUUGAGCAAGAAGUUGAAAAGCUUCAAAGCAAUUUCGUUGCCAUUCAAGCUGUGGUUGCUGAUGCUGAGAACCGACAAUUGAAGGAGAAUGUUGUGAGAGAUUGGUUAGAGAAGCUCAAAAACAUAUCCUAUGACAUAGAUGAUGCGUUGGAUGAGUGGAACACAAAGAUUCUGCUUAAAGAAGCUGAAAACAAAUAUGCUUCUAAGCCUUUGAAAAAGGCAUUACCAUUGCUGGAUCAACCAUGAUCAUGUUGCUACUCGCUAUGCUUUCUCAUUUGGUUACUUAUAGUUGUGAAAAUUUCAAGAAAAAUACCAAUAAUGGUGGAUGUGCUCGCGAGGGGUUCUGCUACCUUACCGGCCUAGUAUUGUUAAUGGGCUAUUAAAUGCUUGCAGAUCAUGGUUAAUAAUUAUAUCUUGAAUGAAUAUUUAUAAACUUAAAUCAUAGUUUAGUUUUCGAGAAAACUGAAAAUACUAAGAAAAAAUGUGCAAAUGAAAAAAAAUCAAACAGUAGCUAAGGGAAAAAAAAAAAAGUCAAGGCAAAAACACAAAAAAGCACAACGAUUUACGUGGUUCGGCCAAUAUGCCUACGUCCACGGCUGGUGAUGUUGGUUUCACUAAAUGAGAUGGAACAAGAAUUACAAAACACUCUCACACCUCUUCCAAUAAGUUUAGGAUCAAAAGCCUCAAACCACAAUAAAUCCUAAAGAGAUUGUUCUAAUGUAAGAGCGGAAAAUCCAUGUGUUUCUCUCCACAAUCUCUCUUAUGUUUCUAGCU